AUGGUACAACAAGAAAAAAUUCGAGCAGUUAAAGAGAUGCCCACGCCAAACACAAUUAAAUCAGCUCAAUCCUUUCUGGGAAUGGUAAACUAUUAUAGGAAUUUUAUUCCCCAGUGCUCAUUGUUGUCCAAACCUAUUAUUGAAUUUAUUUCUAAAAAAUGUGAUUGGUCCAAGAAACAAGAUCAAGCGGUUAUUACUCUAAAACAAAAAUUAUGCUCAGCACCCGUACUAGUCCCAUUUAUUCCUGGUGACGAAUACCGUCUUUCUACAGAUGCUAGCACUAUCGCUCUUGGUGGGGUACUAGAACGUUUACACAUGGGACAACUUGUUGGUGUAAUUGUUUAUUUUUCAAAAACUGUUAAUCCUACUCAAGCACGUUAUCCGGUUGGAGAAAUAGAGUUGUUGUCUAUCAUUCAAAACUUACAACACUUCAAAUACUAUCUACAUGGACACCACUUCAUCUUAAGAACUGAUCACAUAUCCUUAUUGGCAUACAGAAAUAAGAAAGAACCCUCUGCAAGAAUUUCACGAUGGUUAGACUUCUUAGCUGAGUUUGAUUUCACCUUAGAAUACAUUAAAGGAUCACUUAAUCAUGUCGCAGAUGCCUUAAGUAGACUGGCUACGAAAAAUGAGAUUACCACUAACGAAGUUAGUAAAGUUGCAAUAAUUGAAGAAAUUGAAGAUCCAACUUUGGUAUUUCCAAUAAACAGUAUAGAGAGAAUCACCCCAGUUGAUUGGUAUGAAGAUUGGAUCCAAGACCCCUAG